AUGAGCAAUGAAAAGCAAUUGGCUGUAACAGAUGAGCUUAAGCUUCUGUCUGAAAACUCUGAGUCGCCCAUUGUUUCUCUCAAGUUUCAAAAGUUUUUGAAUGAAAGCAUCAACUUUUUGAACACACAAGGUGGUAGCAACUGUACAACAAAUAAAGAACUACUUGAAUGGUACGAGGUGCUGGAACAGGUUCUGCAUACACUGAUACUGAGACAAAAUGAUCUGGACCCAAAACGCCUCAGCCUUCAGAAGAUUAUAACUUACCUCGGCCACUGCACUUUUCAUUUGCUCAAAGUAGAAGAGGUUCCACUAGGAUGGUAUAAAUCUUUGGCCAUAGUUGUGCUUGAGUAUUUGGCUGAUUUCAUCCAAAGUUCAGGGUCACAGCCUAGUUUUGUUGCCAGUGUCGCCACCAACUUUUUUGGGUGCUUCUGCAAAGCUGGACAGAAAUUUGAGAAAGAGAUAAAGUCCAAGACAGGUCUAAGUGUGGUCCCAGCAUAUGAGCUGUAUCUUCUUGCCUCUGCCAUUCAAAGUCUAGACUCAACAAAUAAGACGCGGGAUGGACUGAAGGUGGCUAAAGAAUUUUUAAUUAGUUAUACACAGCUGGUUAAAGGAUCUGACCAGGUGCUUGAUGCUGGGGCGGCUCUGUCAGAUUUGUUUGAGGCUGCUGUGAAAGUUUACACACUACAGAGCAGAGAUGUUGCUGAUGAUAGCAGUUUGUCUUUUUUUGUUGAGCUAUUCAGACUGGUACAGAGGGAUGCUGGGAUGUGUGAGAGGCUGCUUGCCUGUGAUGGUAACUUGUACAAGCUGGAAACAGCUGACUGCAGCCAUGACUUCCCUGUUGAAGCCUCUUGUCGUCUGAUAAAAAAAAACAAGUUGGCUGUCAGCAGUCAGGUGGAAAACAGAAUUCAGGAGAUUGUGAUUUCUUUAUUGAAGUUUACUUGUAGCCUGAAUGAUGCUGCACCAUGGGAUCCUACACAAAGUGGGCACUCUAAAAAUAACAAAAAACCAUCAAAAAAGGACAACUUAGAGAUGGAUGAUAGUUCACAAAUGGAAUCCCAGUUGAGCCCUACCAUCUCACACAUCCAAGCACUGUUGUCUGAGUCUCAGAAACCUGUCAGCCUGGCCAUAGGAGACAGUCUGUCAGCACUUGUCAGCACCAGCAUAGACCCCAGGCAGACAGCGACCUGCACGCUGAUGCUGCUCUACAGGCUGCUGUCUCUGGCCAUUGAGAUCUUCCUGCGUGAGAUUCUGGCCAGGGCUGGGAAGGAGAGCUAUCUGAACUUUGUGUCCGCCAGGGUAUACUCGUUGGCUCUUGCAAACAAAACCAGGCUCAAUACAUUACAGGCUCUGCUGUCUAGGGACGAGUCUGACAAGUUGGUUGAGUUGUCCACUCUCCAGAAGGGCACACUGAACUCUCUGUGUAGACUGAGUCAAGCUGUGAGCAAGAAAAACAUCCUCUCUGCCCUACCUAAUGCUGCCAGUCAGGUCCUCAAGUGCCUGGAGAGUGCCACCGUAGCUCUGGGCUCUAUAGGCCGACAGUUGAGGCGACAAGAGAAACAUGCACAAGUUGUACGGGUCCUGGCUCCAGUCUGGCCUGUCCCCAAACUGGCAGAGCUGCUAGCACACGUCAGAUACCACGAGUCCCUGGCUGAGAGCUACAGAAGCCUGGGCCAGAAGGAAAAGGCAUGUUGUGUGAUCGUGGAGGCAGCUAGACUUGACACCAAGCUCAUCACUGAACCUCUCAUAAAGACAAUCUGGGAAAUGGCAAAACAAGAUCCUUCAUUGCCUGUGGUGAAGAUGUUUGAACCUCUGCUACAUGAAGAAGAACAACAACACGCUCAGCUGAUGGAGAUGGUGUGUAGGUGGAUACUGUCCUUCAAUCAAAGCCCGUCUUUGAGCCGAGCUAUUGCUGACAUCCUAGAAUGUUUGUCUGCCCACCCCGCCCUCUCAUCUUGUGAGAAAGCUGUGUACUCACUCCUGCUGGUAGAAAAUAAAGCCUUCUCUAAUGAUGACAACCACAAGAUUUCAAGUCAGAUGCUUCAGACAACAAGAGCCUCAAUCUCUGUGCUAGGGGAUGACUCCAGUCACAGUUUCGAUGACUUUCUGUCACAGAUGACUUUCUUAUACUGGGAGAUGUGUCACCGGCUCACAUGUUUAGACAAGGCCAAUGCAGAGCAUGAGUUUCCUGAAGUACCUACCACUCCACCACCCAUAAUGCAGUCAACCCAAACAGUCAAGCCCCCCACUAAGCCUUGCCUGUUGGAGCCACAGACCCCGAUGGAUCAGGCCCCGACCCCCAAAUUGAAGCUUUCAUUUCAGACGCCAGUGAGACCCAGGAAACAGGUCCUCAAGAGUAAAGGAAAAAACUUGGCCAGUCAACCUCUUUGCCAGGUAGACAGUGAUACCCUUAUGACCAAAGCAUCUGUUUGUCUGACUGUGUGGACUGAAUGGUUCAACUGCCACAAAAGUCUCUUGAUGACCAUGGAGGAUGGGAGGUUUAGGGCGGAGCGGAGUCUCACUUUCUUGCAGAGGGUUGCAGAGUUGGCGCUGGCUAACCAUCAGACCACCACAGCUUUACAGGCAUUCUGUCUGGCAAAAAAUCUGGCCACCCUAGCCGAGAAAACAGAUGUGGUCAAGCGUGUGACUGGCCAGCUGAUUGCGCUGGUGGCACAGGUGGGCUUGAAGUGUGAUGAUGGCAGCAGUGACAAAGAUCUGUUUGAGGACAGCCCUGAUGAUGUCUUCAUGUCCAGUCUUGGCCUGGGGGAGGAUGGACACAUCCUGGACCUGGUCUCCAUUGCAGCACACCAUCUGAGGACAGGGGAGCUUAUGCACUUUGUGAAGGUUCGUAAUCUUGUGAAUGAGACUUGUGACAAAGCGGUCAUGUACCCCAGCACUGUAAUAGCCCUGUCAUUCAUCAAGAGACUUUCUGCUGAAUUUGCUGCACUGUUUCCAGAGAUAAGUGACUAUGGGUCUGAGUCACAUGACACAUAUCCCCUGUUGCUUGCUGGUGAUGCCCUCAAGUACAGCUCUAGUAUUGCCAUGUUUUACUUGGGGAAAGACUACAAGAGCAUUGAGAACAAAGGGCCCUCUAUAGACACUUGGCAAAUAGUUCACAAUUAUUUGACAACUCUAAAGCUGAAUGGGGAAUUGUUCAUGCACAUUGGAAACAUCAAAUAUGCCAGGACUUACUUUACAGAGGGACUCAAGAUGUCCGAGUCCUAUCUACUGGUCACUUGGAGUGCCAUAUUUCUGUGUAAACUUGUGGAAGUGGCUCUGUGCUACUAUGAUACAACUAAAGAGGCUCAAGGGUACCUGAAGAGAGCACUAAGAAUAGUUGGUAAACAAAGCUUGUCAUCCCAGGAAGUUGAAGCUGCAAGCUGUACACACAACCCUCUGGACCAGUUUCACUGCCAUUUUCAUACAGACAGAAAACAGAAUCAGUGCAUCUGUUCAAACAGGCCAAGUCAAGUUGAUGAGCUAGACGUCAGGGAACUUUUGUUUGAGGCUGUGGAUAACGAAGAAGUCUUGGAGGAUGAAGGGCCAGAUGUGAAGUUUCUCUGUCAUGCUGUGUCAUGUAGCCAUUGCUACAACCCUAAUGUAGCACAUCUUUGCACCCAACUCAUGUGGUACCAAGCCGAGAUUGCCAGUAAAAACGGCCAACAUUCUGCUGUGAUUGAGUCCCUCAAUGCCGCAGGGUGCACAUCGCAAGCUUUCUCAGAAAAGACUUAUCAACGCAAAGUUUUGGAUGUUUUAGCGGAAUACAGAUUCAACUUUUCUGUUGGGGAACAUGGUGCUCUAGAAACUAUCAAUCCGCUGUUAGAAACCAAAUUUCGUCUGGCUUCCUAUCUGUAUCACUGUCUGUAUAACAUGCCAGAGCACGAAGGUUGUGAGGUCCGUGUGGAAGACUUAAAGUGUUGUUUGGACAGUGUGGUCAACAACAGCACAGAGGUGUGUUCCUUGAACAACUCUGUUGUGUUGGCGUCUACUCAUUUACUCAAGAGCCACAUGAAACACCUGCCUGAGCUGCUCACACACAGUCAGAUGGUGGGCGAGGAAGCUCGUGAGUGGACAGAGCAGAGGGGGACUGACCUCACCGAUGAAGAAAUCAUCGCCCUAGGUGUCAGUGAGUUACAGGCCUUCAACACUUUUUGGAACUCACAAAAAGUUCUAGACUUUAAAUCUGUGAAUCUGGUCACCGCCUCAGACAGUGUCCAGCCAGACACCCACUUGAGAACUCCAACUGCUCCUUUCAGAAUCACCACAAGUGUGUCCCCAACAUCCGCCAUAUCCACCAAAGUAUCCGCCACAUCCACCAAAGUAUCCACCUCAUCCAGCAUUAAAUCAGGCGCUAAGACUAGCAAGAAGCUCUCACUUAGAAAAGAUAAAGUCAUCCAGAUCUUUGAUGACUCUGUGGUAACGCCCUGUGUGAAAAAACCUGUCAAAACUCUGCGAGAACACAACCCACCCAUGGAGGAGCCAGCUGGUGUGGAGGCUCCCUCAAGGUCCUCUCGGCCUGAGAGCACCAAACCUGUCAAGAGGAUCACAAGGCAGAGGCAGGUCAAGAAGGAAAUGCCACCCAAAGAAAAUGUGGCACCAAAGAGAAGUUCCAGAAAGAAAAAAGUUGAGUCCCCUGAGACUGGGAGACAGGAACCUCUGCUGGCGCCGUUUGUUGUAGAGAACUUGGAUGUGUCCUACAUCAUCAUGGCAAGCCCAGUCAGGGGAGACGACAGCUGUUUGAUGACCACAUCAACCUGGUUAGACUCACCUGAGGUACCCAGGGGGCGGGGUAAAAAGAAACAGGAAACGGAAAAAACAACAGGCACCAAGAGAUUGGAGAAAACUGAGCUCAUGCCAGACAUCUCUGACUUGCAGAUACCUGUCUCAGGCUCAGCAGAAUCUGACCAACUCAGAGACGCGUUACAGAGGAUGAAGCAUUUUCCUCACUCAUUUCUCUACAGUCAGAUAUCUCGGGCCCUGGCCCUGAAUGAAUGGUCCCAGGAAACUUUGGAUGCCAAAUCCCGAGGAAAUGGUGACCAAGGUGACCAUAAGAAAAUCGCAGCCUACCUGACAGACUCUAUGCACUUGACCUUCCGUCAUCUCAUGACAAGAAACCUGCAAUCAAAACUUAGAAAAUGUAAAGAUUCCAUGUCUAGGAAGCUGCAGCCUGAUGACAGUGAUGCCAACAUGUACCUGAGUGACUGGUGUCAGCUGACAGGUGAGGAUCUGACCCAUGAGGUCACGGCCAUGUCUGAGGCCCUGAGUCGCCUACAGCCAGGGGGGGAAGUGGAGCUUCUAGACAAGAGAUUGGCUGCCUUGCCUGCAGAUUGGACUGUUGUCCAGUUGACUGUGGUCAACUACAACCCAUUGAACCCUGGCACUGGCCAGGUGUUCAUAACAAGAUUGACCCCUGACCUUGAACCUGUAACUGUUGAACUUCCACACAAAAGAUGGCUCUAUCUAACCAGAGCCAGUAGAGUGUAUGAAACAGCCAUCAAAUAUGACAACAACCUGUCACCAGUGGACUACUGGAACCACAGGUUUAGGAAGGACAAGGAUAUCAAAAAUGUUGUCCAGUACCUACAAGAAAUGUUCCUGAGCUCCCACAAGUGGCUGUUGAGAGGACGGGUAGAUCUGGUUGGUCAGCCAAAGGUCAGCCAGCUGUUAGAGACUGCAGCACAGAACGCUGUGGACACAGUCUUACAUCAGCUCAAAUAUCAGCUCAAUUAUAACACAGUUCGGGUCCUGUUGGAAGCUGUACUGUGUGCCCAUGAGCAGGACGUCACCUCACUGUUUGCCUGUGUCUGGCCACAGGAUGUGUCCAGUCUGGUCUCACAGAUCUGUCUACAGCUGCAGGGGGAGGUGGCUCAAGCCUAUGGGGAGGAGUGUCUGGUCACCAGGGGUCCAGUGGUUCUCAUCUUAGACAAGACCCUAAACAAAUUGCCAUGGGAAAGCAUGCCAGAUUUUUUAACAGAGAUGGUGACCAGAGUUCCAUCCCUUGUAACCCUAGAUGCCCUGCUGGCAUUACACCAGAACAAACUGGUUUCCUCCUACAGGAGAGGUGUAGAUCGCGACAGUGCUGUAGCAGUUAUAGACCCAGAGACCAACCUGUUGAAUGCUGUCAAUGUUCUGCUGCCCCAGUUUCAACAAUACGACGGCUGGAACUGUCUGUCACAGAAAGCACCAACUGUCUUAGAUCUGAAAGAUUUUCUUUCAAAUAACGCCCUAUAUCUGUACUGUGGUCACGGAUGGGGCAGCCAGUUUGUUGGUGGGGAUGACCUUCAGAUGUUGAAUGCCAAGGCUGUUGCCGUUCUCAUGGGCUGUGACAGUGGAAAGUUGGACUACAAGCCUCGUCUGGAUGGUGACGGAGGGCCUUUGUACUUUCUCCUGGCAGGAUGUCCAACAGUUGUGGGCAACCUGUGGGUGGUGACUGACAAGGACAUUAACCUGCUGACCUCCAGCCUGAUGACAGAAUGGAUGUCACAGAAGAAGCCGGUGCCACUGAGUCACGUCUUGACGGCCGCCAGAAAGGUCUGCAGGUUGACUGGUUUGAAUGGUUUUGCUCCGGUUGUCUACGGUCUGCCUGUUCUGCUCAACUGCUAGGUCAGGGAACACA